AUGUCUCACAAUGGCUCGGGGCAUAAUUCAGUCCCAUUAUUACAGCGAGUCGGGCUCGCUGGGGCUGCAGCGCGUUUUGCACAACACUCAUAUGGCCCCGACUACAUCGCGCUGGGAUUCCUGGUGAUGGGAUGGGUCCUGAUUCAAUUAUUCGUGACCCCAUUCCACCGCAUGUUUUCUCUCGACAACAAAACCAUUCAAUACCCAUUUGCCGUUCACGAGCGAGUCCCUGUUUUGUGGUCUGUCGUGUUUGCCGGAUUGAUACCCUUCCUCAUAAUACUGGCUUGGUCAGCGAUGGUUCGCGCCGGCGUGCAGAAGACACAAGUGACGGUCCUCGGCCUUUUCGUGGCUUUGAUGUUGACCUCGCUUCUGACGGAUAUCGUCAAGAACGCGGCGGGAAGACCUCGCCCCGAUUUAAUAUCGCGUUGCAAACCCGCGCGCGGUACACCAAACAAUGCGCUGGUCGCAUGGACUGUUUGUACAGAAGCGAAUCAGCACAUCUUGCAAGAAGGAUGGCGCAGCUUCCCCAGUGGCCACAGUAGCUUUUCAUUUGCCGGUCUAGGAUAUCUCUAUCUCUUCUUCUCUGGUCAAAUGCAUGUCUUCCGACCCAGGACAGAUCUAGGUCGCUGUCUGCUAGCAUUCUUUCCACUGCUGUGUGCGCUCAUGGUCGCGAUAUCGCGCUUGGAUGACUAUCGACAUGAUGUGUAUGAUGUGACAUGUGGAGGGCUCCUGGGUAUGUUAAUAGCCUGGUUCUCGUACCGCCGGUAUUACCCACCUCUACGCUCGGUUCUCUGUGAUGUUCCCUACGACAAGGCGGAUCUUGCUGGACCGGACGGCUUUGCCAAAUUGGACGACGAAGAGCAGGGUCUUUCGCGACCCUUCAUAUCUCGUGCCGGUCCCUCAGAAGAGAACUAUCCACUUCAGAAUACGGAGGCUCGGUGA